AUGGCAUUAGGGCGAAAACCAGUAACAAAAAGGGCAGAUCCAUAUCCCAAAAAUGUUCGCGGCGCACAAAAAAGAAGAAAAACAACAAACGUACCAACCGCAAGGAAGGUGAAACUAGCCAGUGAUGUGGAGAAAAUCCCUAUACCCAGCUUACCUUCAACUGUAGGAAACGUGUUUGUUGUGGGUAGUGGGGAAUGCGGUCAAUUGGGUGCGGGCGAAAUGCAAGAAAGAAAAAAAUUUGGGCGUUUAAGUUACUUCGAUGGUAAAGAAAUAGUCGAUAUCGCGGUAGGUCCACUGCAUAAUGUCGCUAUUACACGACAGGGAAAGAUGUACACUUGGGGAUGUAAUGAUCAUGGGGCAUUGGGUCGUGUCACAGAUGAUGAUGAGGAACGUACUCCUGGUUUGGUCGACGAAGCGGAAUUGCAAGGUGUCAAAAUCAUGAAAGCUGCCUGUGGAGGAUCCUUAACGAUCGCACUGUCUGAUGAAGGAGAUCUAUAUGCUACAGGGACAUUCAAGUCGGAAGAUGGUAUAAUCGGAUUUUCCUCUGAAAAGCCACGACACCAACAAUAUCGCUUUGCACUCUAUGAACCCGCCUCACUGUUGGAAAUUGCAGACAUUGCUUGUGGUGUAAAUCACGCCGCACUGCUCACGACAGACGGUCAUGUAUAUACGUGGGGUUCUUCAGAACAAUUUCAGCUAGGUCGUCGCGGUUCACCGAGACAUAAAUCAUUAACUUUGGUUCCAGAAAUCGUGAAUCAACUGAAAAAAUUGCGUAUCGUGAAAAUCGGAUGCGGCAACUUUCAUACAUUGGCGGCAGACGAAGAAGGACAUAUAUACGCAUGGGGGCUCAAUAACGCGCGACAAUGUCUAUUGGACCCCGGUAAAUAUGGUGGGAUACACAUCAAAGAACCGACGCAAAUUCCGUUCUUUGAAAAUGUAAAAGUGAAACAGUUGGCUGCCGGGAUGCACCACUCAGUUGUGCUCUUAGAGAACGGUCAGGUGUAUACAUUUGGGAGCAAAGAAAAUGGCAAAAUGGGUCUCGGCGGUGACGAAACUUCGAAUAAAGGAUGCAGCACGAUUACGGAUCUAAAACCCUUGGAUCUACCCGUGAUAAAAUCGAUAGCUGUCGGCGAUUUUCAUAACUACGCAUUAACAGAGGAUGGCGAGACUUAUUCGUGGGGGGAUGGGGUAAGUGGACAAUUGGGAAAUGGAGAAGAGACCUGCGAAUAUAUGCCAUACCUUAUUGAGGAUGAGAGAUUUGAGGAUCAGUUCCAUAUUAAACAAAUCGGCUGUGGGUCUCAGCACACAGUCCUGUUUGGUGUAGUUCGAUAA